UUUAUCAAAGUUUCAUUUGCAAAUCCUUGAUCUUGUUCAAUCAAUUCCCUUGUUGAAUUAGAAUAAAACAUGGCAUCACCCAACGGAGAAUUAAAUCCAGAUCCCGCGCCAACUGAAAGAGAGUCCUUCACACUCACGACAUGUGAAGAGGAACAGAGUAAAGAAUCUGUGAGGGCCAAAAAAUCCGACAGUCCUGAUAAAUCACCCCCUAAAAGUGACAAACCAUCUGUGUUUAGAAGUAAGAAGACUUGGAAGGAAUUGCGACAAAGAGAGCCAUCCAUGGAGUCUUCUCACACGAAGUUCUAUAAGAAAGAUAGGAUCGAUAAAGAAUACAAGCAGGUGACGAGGAAGCAGUAUCUGAGCAUCUCGGAUUCCUUGUCAGGGUCAUCAGAUACCUUCCAGUGUCUGCAUGGUCCUGAAGGAAAAGAGUACACAGAAAAGGGAUUGCUGAAGAGGAAUAUCGUUAAGAAUUUGGACCCUAUUCGUCUUGAUCCGAAAUUGCGUGAAGAAUGCCCCUCGACCUUCAAAUGGGAGAUGGCGGAGAAACUGGCUUACAUGGUACAAAGUCCGACCGUGGUCGUUCAGAUGGAGCGCUUGAAGUCACAUCUUAGAGACUUCGCCAAGACCAGCAGUGAGGGAUAUCGAGUUGACACUCUGAAGAGUUUCUGCAUCAUAAUAGACUACCUGAUGGAAGAAGGAUACCAUAAUCCCACCUUGAAAGAGGAGCGCACCAUGCUGCUCGAGAAUUUGAAGAAACCCAUCAUACUUACAGCUUCAGCUGAUGUUUGGAAGUAUUUUGAAAUGAUCAUGGAUUUUUUGGGGUACAUAGGCUACCUCCUAAUAAAGAUCGAAGACGACAAGCUCUUCGACGUGGUCUCCAAGGCGAUUAUAUGGCACUUAUCCGCCCCGGACGAUCUCCGGGGGCCCGGAACAGUUGCCCUGCGGUAUUCCCUGCUUGCCGGAGCCCCGGUGCUGAGGGAGACCACGGUCAGAAUGCUGGCUGUAGCUUCAUCGCAUAGAUUCCCGACAUUCUUGGAGAUUGCGCUGUUGCUGGCCUGCGAUACUGUUGAGAAUUGUAAGUAUUAA